AUCGAAAUGGUCGUGCUAAUCGUAUUGCUAGUCGGGGUCGUAUCUCUCGCCAUAUGGUGGGUACGUGAACAAUUUAGCUACUGGGAAAAACGUGGCAUACCCCAUGAUCCUCCAAAGAUUCCUGUGGGAAAUGUGGCAGGAAUGAUGAGAACUAUUCAAGUUUCGGAUAUUUUUAAACGUUCGUACUUCAAGUACAAAAACAAAGUCGAUGGUCCUUUUGUCGGCUUCUACAUGUUUUUCAAACGAAUCGCCCUUGUUGUGGAUAUAGAUUUCGUGAAGACUGUGCUAAUAAAAGAUUUCGAAAAGUUUCACGAUCGUGGCAUAUUCCACAAUGAAACUGAUGACCCUUUUUCAAAUAAUCUGGUAACCAUCGAGGGAGAAAAAUGGAAGAAUCUCCGUAACAAAUUGACACCGACAUUUACAUCGGGGAAAAUGAAGCACAUGUUUCCCAUAUUCCUAAAAGUAGGUGAAGAAAUGGUUCAAGUUCUUAAUGAAAAAACCUCAAAUGUACCUCAACCAUUGGAAAUCACAGACUUAGUGUCUCGUUACACGGUUGAUGUGAUAGGCAAUUGUGCCUUUGGUCUUGAAUGCAAUAGUCUGCAUAAUCCCGAAGCGGAAUUCGUCAAAAUGGGAAAUGCAGUCUUUACUCUGAAACGGCAUGGCAGGGCUAUGGAUCUGUUUCUAUUCGGUGCCCCAAAACUGGCUGCAAAAUUGAGAAUCAAGGUAACAUCUCAAAAAGUCGAAGACUUCUAUAUGAAUAUCAUAAAGGAUACAGUGGAUUAUCGUAUGAAAAAUAAUAUCCAGAGAAAUGAUUUCAUGGACAUGCUGAUCGAUUUUAAGAGGAAGUACGAUGAAGGCAAUAAAGAGGACGGUUUGUCCUUUAAUGAGUUGGCUGCUCAAGCAUUUGUGUUCUUUUUGGGGGGCCAUGAGACGAGUGCAACCACCAUGGGAUUCGCUCUCCACGAACUGGCUAUCAAUCAAGACAUUCAAAACCGAUUGCGAAACGAAAUUGAUGAGGUGCUAGCCAAAAAUAAUGGAGAAUUUAACUAUGAGAGCAUGAAUGAGAUGAAAUAUCUGGAAAAAGUUAUUGAUGAAACUCUACGUAAACACCCAGUGGUAGGACAUCUCAUUCGAAAGGCUACACAACGAUACGUUCAUCCCGAUAAUCCAAAAUACUAUAUUGAGGCAGGAACUGGUGUAACAAUUCCAGUUAGGGCCAUCCACCACGAUCCUGAGUUCUAUCCAGAGCCAGAGAAAUUCAUACCAGAGCGCUUUGAUGAGGAGCAAGUGAAGCAGCGACCUCCAUGCUCCUAUUUGCCUUUUGGCGAUGGUCCCCGCAAUUGCAUUGGCCUGAGAUUUGGUCGGAUGCAAACCACAAUUGGACUGGCGAAACUCAUACACAAUUUCAAGUUCGAGGUGAAUCCUACUCUGACCUCAGUGCCAAUGAAAUUUAAAUUUGAAACCAUAUUGCUGAGUGCCGAAGGUGGAAUAACUUUGAAUGUUAGCAAAGUAACAAAAAAAUGA